CUCUCCUUCCUCCAGGCUUCAAGUUCCAACCUUUCCACUAAAAACGGAAGGGAGAAAUAAAAGGGUAGCCAAAUACCUCUUUGUCUCUUAGGCAGAAAACCCAAAGCAGGCAGAAGAAUGCAAAUUCAAACCCUGUUCCAUUCUUCCUCCAACACUCGACUCCACUCCCAAAACCCAAAAGCUGCAAUCUUUACCAAAAGCCCAUAUCGGGUUUACUCUCCUAGGAUCUUGCAAUUGCGGCAGUCGCCUUUGCUACCCUCAUCUUCAUGCGUUUUGAGGUCAAGACAUAGACUUUCGACAUGCUGCAUUAGCCCAGGCCAGGAACUCUUAGUCAAUGGCGUGGUUGGAGAGGUUGAGAGUGAAGUUGUUUCAGUUCUUCCAUCGUCCGAGGAAGAGGGAGAACCAGUGAGUGGGAAAGGGGUUGGAUUGGAGAGCCAGAGCUUGUGGGAGCAAAUGAAAGAGAUUGCGAUGUUCACAGGGCCUGCAGCUGGGUUAUGGAUUUGUACCCCUUUGAUGAGCCUCAUUGACACUGCUGUUAUUGGACAAGGAAGCUCUGUUGAGCUUGCUGCUUUGGGUCCUGGGACAGUUAUGUGUGACAACUUGAGCUAUCUGUUUAUGUUUCUUGCCAUUGCUACUUCAAACAUGGUUGCCACUUCUCUUGCCAAAGAGGAUAAAGAAGAAGUCCAAUACCAACUAUCCGUGUUGCUCUUUAUUGGCUUGACUUGUGGCGUCAUGAUGUUCCUCUUUACCAAGUUCUUUGGCCCAUCUGUUUUAGCAGCUUUUGCCGGUUCAAACAAUUCACACAUUGUACCUGUAGCAAAUACUUAUGUCCAGAUCCGAGGCUUGGCAUGGCCGGCGAUUCUUAUUGGAUGGGUUGCUCAGAGUGCAAGUCUCGGGAUGAAGGAUUCUUUAGGGCCAUUGAAGGCACUGCUGGCUGCUACUGCUGUAAAUGUUAUUGGUGAUAUAGUUCUCUGCUCAUUUCUUGGAUAUGGCAUAGCUGGUGCAGCAUGGGCGACAAUGGCUUCACAAAUCGUUGCAGCUUAUAUGAUGAUGGAUUCACUCAAGAAAAAGGGGUUUAAUCCAUAUUCCAUUAGUCUUCCGACGAUCGAUGACCUAAUGAAGAUAUUCGUGCUGGCUGGUCCAGUAUUUGUUAUGAUGAUGUCCAAGGUGGCUUUCUUCUCACUCCUAGUGUACUUCACUACAUCUAUGAGCACACUCACCUUGGCAGCUCAUCAGGUUGCGAUUCAAGCUUUCAUGAUGGGUACAGUCUGGGGAGAGCCGCUUUGUCAAACUGCACAGUCCUUCAUGCCUGAACUGCUCUUUGGAGUGAACCAAAGUUUUUCAAGGGCUAGGAUGCUGCUGAAAUCGCUGAUGAUCACUGGAACAAUCCUCGGAGUAUCAUUGGGAGUUCUCGGAACUUGUGUUCUUUGGUUCUUCCCCAACAUCUUCACCCCUGAUUUGGAGGUCAUAAGAGUGAUGCACAAGGUUUUGAUUCCAUAUUUUCUUGGACUUUCUAUAACACCUUGCAUUCUCAGCCUUGAAGGCACAUUGUUGGCUGGAAGGGAUCAGAGAUAUCUUGGCCUGACAAUGAGCGGAUGCUGUACACUGGCUACAUUAGGAUUGAUGUUCGUUAGCAGCAGAGGCUAUGGCUUACUGGGCAUCUGGUUCACAGUAGUUGGUUUCCAAUGGGCUCGAUUCUUCCUAGCACUCCAACGCCUUCUUUCACCAAGUGGCAUGCUUUUCUCUCAGCAGCAGUUGAGUCGUUAUGAAAUGCAGGAGUUGAAAGCGGCUUAGCUUAAUAUUUUAUCAAAAGUUUUAGUUUUGGACUUAGCAUACAUGUCAAUCUGUAAAUAUACUGUUGAUGAAAAGUUCUUUUACCUUGUUCAGAAACACAGCUACGGCUCCCAUCUCAACUUAGUUGAGGGAAAACAAACGCAACGACAAAGA